AUGGACACCAACGUACUGUACCUGGACAAUGAUCAGAUCCUUCAGCAGACGAGGGUCUCCCGGAUGAUUGUGGAAACGCAUGCGAUGCGCAAUGUCACCAUCGAAAGCUUGCAGGCCCUCAUAUUCCUAGUCUUUGAUCUUCUUAAUGACGGUCAAACACAUAGAGCGUGGCCGUUGAUCGGGUCGCUCACGAGGACUAUAGACUAUCUCCAACUUACUACCGAGCCAUCAACAUCGCAGUCGGGAUCACUUAUGACGCCUGUGCGGUUAGUGAAGCCCUCAAACGACUGGACGGAGUUGGAAGAGCGACGAAGAUUAUUCUGGAUCAUAUUUCUGCUCGAUCGAUAUUGUUCGGUGUCUACAGGGUGGAACACCAGUCUCACGGCAGAUGACGUGCACCGGCGGUUACCGGCAGACGGCGGUUUCUUCACCAGAGAAGAGCCGGUGACCACACCCUACUUCGGCAUCUGGAACAAGGCCGCUGCUCGCAUCGGACGCUCACUAGCGAAUGUGCCCGCGCAAUACAACGAAGAAGACCCAGGAGUCGACCACUUGCCUCCAGGAGCCAGCCCCAAUUCUGCCAACGGCUACAUCGAUGCUUCUAAGCUAGGCGCAUUCGCAUAUUGUGUCGAAGCAACCGAGAGCUUGAGUCAAGUGACGACAUUCUUCCUUCAACAAAGGAUCAAUUGGCAAGACAAGGAGCAUGCAGUCAGUUGGCUGACACGCUUCAAGGAGCUAGACUUGAGACUUGUUCAGUGGAAGAUCUUCCUGCCUCCAAGAUGGAAGGACUCCAACAUCUCGUCAGACAGGACUGUGGUUGACAUGGACCCCAACCUGACUCUAGCUCACAUCACACAUAAUACUUCUAUGAUCUUACUGCACCAUCCAAUCGGAUACCCACCACGCGGAUGGAACGACUUCGUCGCACUACCGAAAGAAUGCAGUGCCCAGACCUGCGAGCUCGCCGCGGUGGAGACUUCGAACAUCGUGGACAAGUUUCUUACCCACACUCCCAUACCUUUCGUCAACGUCCAAUUCUCGUUCUGCGCCUUCAUAGCCGCCAAAGCGCUGCUUUUCGAACACCAAGCCACCCGCAAAUCUCUACGAUCAGAAUUCCACCGCCUAAUCCACAAUCUCGAGGAAAUGGCCGCAAGAUGGAAAGGGAAAGGUACAGACGACGCGAAACCAAAUAACCAAGCAGCAAUCUACGCAAACCACCUCAAACGACUCCUCGAAGCCUGUCAAAACGACGCAAAUUUCCGCUUCGACUUUUACGACCACAACGGACUAACCCUCGACCCACAAAACUACGCCAGUCCGACUUACGCCGCAACACCACAAGCGCGUUCCAGAAGCCUCGCGCAUGAGCGUUCUUUAAUGAGGAACCACGGACGCACCAACAGCUUCACAAGUUCGCACUCAACCCUCAGCCCACGCCGCAUCCCGCCUCCAGACAUAACUCGCAACACAACCAUGCCCUCACCCAGCAACUACGAGCAACACCAUCCGCGCCUUCCAUCCGCACACGCGAUAUCACCAUCCGGACAGCCGCCACCUCCUAUAUACGCAUCGCCACAAGUACAGGCUAGUUACCCGAGCCAUACCCCACUACAGCAGUAUCAACAGCCCGGAAACGGAGUCCCGGUAUCUGGUCCAUCGCUCGCACCGUACGGUAAUACUGGCACGACGGGGAACCAGCAUAGCACUCAAGACCAGUCUCUGCUUAAUCUGUCGGAUGCGUUUAUGGAUAGUCAUUUUCUGGAUAUGGAUCGGGUCAUCACGUUUGAGGAUGCGAAUUUCUUUAUUCCGGGGGAUGCGUUUCGGUGGCAGUGA